UAUGUUGAUAAAUUUGUAGGCAAUCAAUAGCAUGCCAAAAGUAAACCUCAACUUUUAUCUCUCUCUCUCUCUUCAAGUUAGCCAGCAGCAAUAUCAGGUCUUCCUCAAAACAAUUCUCAUCUAUUAACCUUCCUUCCACCGCGAUUUCACCUUUCAAAGCCAAACAACACAGGGGUAUCAUUUCAGCUGUGUUAUGUGUUGUGAGAAAUUGAGAGAGGAAAAGCAUAGUAGAGCAGCACAGACAUACACCUCUGUCCUCUGACCUGACCUCAGUCUAAUUAAUAUAAUCUUCCUUUCUUUCCGAUUUCCUUAUUCCCUCAUUCGCGCAGUCACUCUCACAGAUCAUGCUCUGGACAUCUCUCAGCUGGAGAUUGUGCAACAAGGUAUAGAUACUAAAUUUUGUGAAUAUAAUCUGGGCAAUUCUAAAAUGGAUUUGCCCAAUGGUGAUAAACAAUUGGUUGCUGCUGUGAAGAAGACAUCAUUGAGAGAUCUGCAGAAUGAUAACAAAAACAUGGUUCCAACCUCUGUUGGAAGCUCUUCCUUCUUAAAGGAUAAGGAUCCUGGUACUGAUUCUAACAGAGCUUCUGGCACCAAGAGACCCUCAUCUGACUACCCAGUGGCCCACCAUCUCCAACAAUCUCCAGGCAAUAAUAAUGUUGCAAAUGGACAUCUUGUGUAUGUUCGUAGAAAGUCAGAAGGAGAAAUGAGCAAAAGUACUGCUUUUGAAAAUACAAGUAUUAAUGGUUGUUGUCCACAUUCAAGGCAACUUUAUUGUGAAGAGGAGACUGCUCAACCAACACCUCAACUAAAGGAGCCAAAGGUCUCUUGUUUCCCAGCAUUUGCACCUUUUCCUAUGGCGUCUUCAAUAAGCUCAUCUGGAAAGCCUUCGAUUCCUAUUUCACUUGGGAAGUCUGGCAUGAUGUUGGCACCAGUUGAGUCCAAUUAUGUGGCAGCUUCUUCUGGACAUACCAUCGGCAAUGCCAAGGUAUUUAAAAAUGUGCACUGGGAGGAGCGAUCUAAACACUUGCAGAUGCUUUUAAGGAAAUUGGACCAAUCGAACCAAGCAGAAUAUAUCCAAAUGCUUCAAUCUCUGUCUUCGGUUGAACUUAGCAGACAUGCUGUUGAGUUAGAGAAGAGAUCAAUUCAACUUUCACUCGAGGAAGCUAAAGAAUUACAACGUGUUGCUGUUUUAAAUGUCUUGGGAAAACCAGUGAAGAAUUUCAAAGCACCAGCAGAUCAUGGUGAGUGUUCAGACAAGUUGAAGACAUUGUCAUGAACUUGCUGCCCUUUAUGCUGCAGUAAAUGUCCUCCGUCAAUGGAAACCCUUUAUGCUGCUGCAGCUCCACAGGCAAUGGAAACUUUCAGAUUGUAUACUGUGUGUAGCCGCAGUGUUUAUACUGAUUGUUUUUAAUCUCCUGUUUAUCUAGUUAACUAAUAAAGUAUCUUGCAUCUCUUUAUUAUUGUUAUGAAAACAAAAAACGGAGAUUGUUCGUACAAUUUGGCUACUCUUGUUUGUUCCUGCUUAUCCUUCAAGCCAUUGGAAUUUGGGUUGGGAUUGUUUGUUCCUCCUCUGAGGUAUAUUGAAAUGUCACUCAGACCUCGUCUAUUUUUACA